AUGACAAAGAGUAUCUUCGAAGGUCAAGGGGAGGCUAGCAAGUUCUUGGAUACUUGGUACUCAGCAUCUCAGCGCAUAAUUUAUGGUCAGCGCCCGGGUACAGGAGAGCAGCUGCCGUCGAAGGCCCAGCGUACAUCCAAGAAGUACCGAGUGAUGGACUCAAAGCGGGCUCACUGGACUUACAGUCUAAUAUGGUGA